AUGGUCACCACUAAAUAUGAACCUUAUCCUACUGACAUUUCAGUGUCCAGACAGGAGGAACUGCUUUAUAGUGAUUAUCUUAGAAGAACAGUGAACAUUGUCAGACCUGGGAGAAUAGAGACACUGAUCACUUUACCUGAGGGAUGGCAUCCAAGGGGACUGUGUUGUACCAGAUCAGGGGAUAUACUCCUUAAUAUGUGUACCCCUGAUCAGAGUAAUCACAAAAUUGUCCGCUUUCAAGGAAAGACAGCAAUACAAGAUAUUUAUAAAGACGAAUACGGACUGCAAAUUUUUAGAGGUUUAGGAGUUGUGCAGGAGAAUAACAAUGGAUACAUUUGUUCAUCUGAUGUGGACGCCAAGACAGUUAUAGUGGUGGACAAGAGGGAAAGAGUCCCAUUCCGUUAUGAUGGUACACCAGCCAACAGGAUUAAUCGAACCUGUAUACAUUGUUACAGACUCAUUUGGCCAGAUCAUUAUUAG